AAACAGAUUUUACUUUUAGUUAUGUGUUCGUAGAUAAAAGGUACGUAGUUUCCUUGAAAGUGAAUGUUAAAGAACGAAAGUUACUAAUUUCAUAUCUAAUCAUGUGGCUAAUUUUCCCCAUUUUGUUAACGACGAUCGAGGCCCGAUAUCAGAAUGUGCACGUGAAGCAAGACUGGUGGGAAACGGCCGUGAUCUAUCAGAUCUAUACGAGGUCUUUUAUGGAUAGCGAUGGGGAUGGCGUUGGGGAUCUUAAUGGUAUUACUUCAAGGCUAGAAUAUUUAAAAGACUUGGGAAUAGACGCUGCGUGGCUUUCACCAAUUUUCAAGUCACCCAUGCACGAUUUUGGCUAUGACGUAUCCGAUUACUACUCCAUCCACCCCGAAUAUGGCACAACGGAAGACUUUGAAAAUCUUCUGAAAAAGGCUCAUGAACUAAAUAUAAAAGUCAUAUUAGACUUUGUACCAAAUCAUACAAGUAACGAGAGUGAUUGGUUCAUCAAGUCGUCACAUCGAGACGAGUAUUACAGCGACUGGUACAUAUGGGAAAAUGGGCACCUUGACGCUACGGGGCUUAGACGACCACCAAAUAAUUGGAUCAGCGUCUUUAGAAAAAGUGCAUGGCAUUAUGCUCCGAGCCGCGAUCAAUAUUAUUUGCACCAGUUCGGAAGUUCCCAGCCGGAUUUAAACUUCAGAAACCCCGUUGUGAUCGAAGAAUUAAAGAGUAUAAUAAAAUAUUGGCUUGAAAAAGGCGUAGCGGGUAUGCGCAUCAACGCAGCGAACCAUCUGUUUGAAACUGACAAGGAUGUGUUUGGUGGACGAUACCCCGACGAACCAAAGACCGGUCGACCAGGCAUCGGUCCUGAUGACUAUGAGUAUCUGGACCAUAUUUAUACUAAAGACCAAGAAGAAACAUAUGAGUUGAUGUCACAGUUCCGAGAUGUAUUCGAUGCUAUCACACUUCGAGACAAUCUUACUAGGAUAAUGAUGACAGACGCUUCAACGGGGAUCAAAAACGCAGUAAAAUACUACGGAGAGGGUACUCACUCUGGGGCCCAUAUUCCGUUCAAUUUUGCUCUUAUAGAAGACUUGACGAAGGAGUCUGACGCCAGAGACAUCAAAUAUGCGAUCGAUCGAUGGUUGACCUACAAACCGUUACGGAAGCCGGCGAAUUGGGUGACUGGCACCAACGACAUAAGCAGGGUAGCUUCUCGAUUCAGACUUGGAUUAGUAGACGCAUUUAAUAUGCUCGUCCUAUUACUUCCUGGUAUCGCUAUCACUUAUAUGGGCGAAGAAAUUGGUAUGGUAAAUGGAUUCGUGCCGUGGACCGAGACGAAGGACCCUCUGGCUUGCAACACGGACGACCCGGUCAACUUUAUAGACGUAUCCCGCGACCCCGUGCGGACCCCAUUCCAGUGGAGCAAUGGCAAAAAUGCAGGUUUCUCAGAAGCGGAGAAAACAUGGCUUCCCGUAGCGGAUGGUUAUGAGCAUAUAAACAUGGCCAAUCAGAGAUCAGCCGUGCGUUCUCACUACCAAGUGUAUCGCGCGCUGAUUCAUCUGCGGAUGCGACCGGCGUUCAGACUUGGCCGGUACGAGUCUCUGGCGUUAAACAGCGACGUUUUUGCGUUCAAACGAUGGUAUAACGACGAAGCCUAUGUGGUUAUCAUGAACGUCGGCAUGACCUAUCAAGUUGUCAAUCUUACGGCCUUCGAUCUAAUAUUUGGACAAUUGGAGGUAGAAGCUAGCAGUCUACUUUCUUCGAGGACGUACAGCGACAUCGUUCAUGCCAAUUAUUUGGAUGUAGGUGUGGAUGAAGCUCUAGUUUUGAGAAUGCAAGUGUGACACUCCGAACAUCUAAUCGCUUGACUAAAGUAGGUUUUCGGAUAAAUUAAUGUAACAAUUUAUUAAUUAUUUUUCUGAUGUCUUCAAUAAACCUUUCAUAACUUUUAUUUAA